GCGCCGUACGCCCUAGAACUCGGUAGCCCGCGCGGGAAACACCGCAGUGCAAGCCGGGUGGACGGCAAGUCUCGCGAGAAUGAGUCCAACCCAACGGGAUUUCCGGUGUCCGUAGCGAGCGAGACCACGGGGCGGGGCCUUCGGUUUAGCGUGGAAGUUUUGUGGAUCCGUUGCCGGGGCAUUUGAGCCCCACCGCUCUUUACUGUUGCCUUGGCAACACAAACCGCUGCUGCAGCCGAAUGUAUCCUUGAGGAGGCGGUGUCGGGAGGUCUGGCGAGACUAGAGCCCACUGUUUCUGAAAAUCAGAAGUCGCAGCAGGUUAGGCCCCGCAGGGCAAGAGGAAAAUGGGAGCUCGGCUCUGGCUUUAGCCUGGCCAGCUAGAGGGCUCGGACAAGGGAUCGGGAAUUAGAAGGACACCGGGGAGCCGAGGGCUGACGGGAAGGAGGGACCGGCGGGAAGAUCGUUGUUAGAAUUCUGAGACUGCCACCAUAGCCCAAGAACAGACUUGGACCUAAGCCACUUGUUGGCUACUUGAACCCAGACCCAACCUGGGAGCUUCAACACCGGGACUCCUUGACGAGAAAGUUAAAAAAUGGUGGAAAAAAAUGGGAACCAGCCACAGGAGUUGAAGAAUAGUGUUCCAAACAGGAACACUACGUACAAAGGUUCUGAGAUGUAUAAGGUAGGCCUCUCAUCAGAUCCCAAGGAGUUGGCAGCCAUUGAGGCUAGAAAAAAUCGAGAAAAGGAGCGACAGAGCCGAUUCUUCAAUGUGCGGAACCGAGUCAUGGGGGUGGAUGUUGAAGCACUAAAUAGCCAGGUUGCAGAGCGAAAACUUCAGGAGGCAACAGAGCGGAGCAGGGAUGCAGCUUAUGGUACCAACCAGGUGCAGUGUGAUUUAGUAGCCCAAAUGCUAGAGAAGGAAGAGGCAGAAAGGACACGUCGGUUGGCCAAGAAAACCCAGGAGUUUCAGGAGCAGAAGCAGCAGCUCAAGAAUAGACGUGAAUUUGACCUUUGGGAUCCAGACAGACUUCAGAAGGAGUUUCUAGCCCACCUUGGUGACAGGGAUCCCCACUGUGGCCCAGCCAGCCUCCAGUGCUUUUCUGGAGAGGAUCUGGACAGGGCUACAUGCCUGCGAAUGCAGCAGGACCAGUUCAGGUACAGCCUGGAGAGGCAACUGCAGGAACAGCAGCGAGCCAGAGUUGAUGAAAAGUGUGCAGAUACGCUUAAUGACCAGCUGCGCCUAGGCAUGGACAGGCGGGCCACCCACCUGGCAAAGCUGGAGGAGUCCUGUCGAAAGGCCGUGAUGUCUGCUGUAGCCAAUGUCAACAAAGCCCAGGUAGCUGAGCUGGCUGAGCGGCAGCGCCAUGAGCAUCAUUGCGAACAGGAGGCCAACCUUGUGGAUAUCCAGAACCAGAUCACAAGUGACCUGCUGACCGAGAACCCCCAAGUCGCCCAAAACCCUCUGACUCCCCACCGGGUCCUGCCCUAUUGCUGGAAGGGCAUGACUCCAGAGCAGAGAGCUGCUAUCAGGAAAGUCCAAGAGGUGCAGCGCUGUGAAAAGGACGCACAGUGCCAGGCCAAACAAGCACUGGAUGCUGAAUGGGAAAGCCAGACCACGCACUUCGCCCAGGCAGCAAUGGAGCUGGAGCAGCAGGAGAGAGAACUGUGUGCUGAAUUUCAGAGGGGACUGGGCUUCUUCAACCAGCAGCUGGCUAAGGAGCAAAAAGCCCAGCAGAAUUAUCUGAAUUCAGUAAUCUACACCAAUCAACCUACAACCCAAUAUCACCUACAGUUCAAUACCAGCAGCCGCUGAGCUCAGGAUGGUCUUCUCCCCCUUCUCCAUCAAGCUCACAGAGGGCUAUGGGUCAAAGAAGAAAAUACUGCAUAUCCCUACCCACAAUUCAUUCCCCAGUGGGGGGCACUGAGUCAGUACCCCCGCCUUCUACCUAGGUAAUAAAGUUUUUCACUG